CGUCGUCGUAUACGAAAUACAUAUAUACGUAGCCCCAAAACGGAUACGGUGUAUCAUUAUGCUUAUAAUAAUCGCAGUCUCGGACGGUGCACGCGCACAUCCGGUACCUAGGUAUAUAAAUACGACCGUCGAGCGAUAUUCUCCGGUCAUACAGGGCGGAUACGUUUCAGAAAUAACGUUUUCGUCGUCGGCCGAAAAGUCUAUUUUUUUUUUUUUUUUUUUAAUACAGUCGUGCAUAGUACCAGUGUUUUCCCGUCGAAAAAUGAACUCGAUCUCCACUGUGGUCACCGCGUUAUUGGCCGUCCAGGCCUGCGACCGUUUCGUCAAAGUCCAGGUGAGCGCCGUCGUCAGCUGUAUUUCUGGCCCGCGGAUUCGAGAAGGUCCAAACUCAGUUCCUCCGCCAAUUGCCUUAUGGCUUUAAGCGCUCAAGAUAACGCCGCACCGGUCUCUACUAUCUUAGCCCUAGAAACGCGCGACAUAGGGGAUUUGCGUUCGGCGGAAUAAAAUAUAAUUGUGCGCCGUGAGUUUUGAUGUCAAAGCGAAUUGACCAAACUCGAACGCAUACGAUUUUAGUUUCCUAGCGAGAUAUAAUCAUUUUUAAAUUGUGAUGUUUCGCAUACUCGUAUUUCGUUUGAAAAAUUAGAAUACCGAAAAAACAUCUACGCUUAGGCACAGAUUAAGCUUCUUGUCUUUAAAUUUGAUAAUACGUCAAUUUGCUUUGAUAUUGAAACUAACGGUUAAAAAUUUGUUCUGCUGAACACGCGAAUUUGCUAUGCGCGCGUUUGUAAAACGGAGACGAUAUAAAUACCGGUGUGGCGUCUUUAAUAGUUCGAUAUUUCGGCUUAUCGGUUUGCGAUUUCGGUGAUCGAUGAGAUACGCACUCCUGGCACAAGAAAAUAUACUUUAAUUUUAAUUUCGUUAGACCCCAAUGUUAACACAUUUCCGCCAAUAACGAGUUUGGGCCUCCUUGAUUCGAGAUUGUAGAGCUCGCAUUUUCGUUUGAGCAGCGAUUAUUAUUUUUGAUUUUCCGUUUCGUUCAGGGUAAUGCCGUCGACAGAGGCUACGUCGGAUCUCAAAUCGAAAAUUACCAGUACGGCAAUGGCGGUGAGUACUUGUAUAACAUCUAUCUAUUUAUACGAUGAAUUUAUUUGAGCCCAUAGCAGUUCAGGUCCGGUUGAAAUUCUAAAAUAUUGUAAUAUCAGCCGACAUAGUAUUAUUAAGAUAAUGACGGGGAAGACUCUGUUACGUUAUAAUUAAAAGAUAUCCUCGGUUUCAAGUGAAUUUGAUUUCUGUUUUUUUUUUUUUUUUUCCAAUUAUGCGACCGAUUAAGCUGUACAGUUCAACUGAAUUUUCAAACAUUUACUCUCGGUCUUUUUACCCCGAGUAUACAAUUAUGAUUUUGAAAUAGCGACCUCCGCCUCUUUUUGAACACAGUUUUGAAUAAAAAAAAAAAUAUUUUGUUUAAAAUUUACAAUUAUGCGUAACCAUUUAAUAAUGCACCUACUGUAUGUGUACUCGACAGAGGUACGCAAUAGUGUAAUAACAGUUCAAAAUGUAGACUAAACGGAGGAGUAAAGCAUUAGUAAGUAAUGAUUAUAAUCUAAGAAUGGGUUACGAUAGUUUUUCUAAAUAAUGUUACAUUGGAUGGAUUUUUCGUUGAUUAAUUUCCGGAUUGCCAUGGCCUACCACUCAUACUGAACAAACAAUAUGUAAUAAUGAUGUAUCAUACCUAGCAAAUUACGUUACCGUGAUUUAUCGAACUAUACUCAGAAUUGUUUUUUCGAUUGCAAUGAUUAAUCGUUAUAAAAACAAAAUUAUCCUAUACUCCAUAGUUUUCCAAGUGGCCUACUUACUAAAACCUUACUGACUGACGCCAGCUAUUGUUAUCCUAGCGUGUUUACAAUUAUUUCUAUCGAACAAUUAAUAGAUUUUUCUUUUCUUUUCUUUUUUAACGCCAAACGCUAAAUAUUCGAAUAACGUAAUAACCAUAGUUAUCUAUACUGAUUUAUAGUAAUAUAACAUCAUGACUAAUGAUGAUCUCAUAAAGAGAUACUUUAUAUAAUUGCACUGUUGUUUAUUGUUUAAAAAUUAAUAAAUCAUAAAUUAUUACGCAUUCUUAAUCAAAAUAUAUUUGGCGUGUGCGCAUUAUGAAUUUGCAAUAAUAACAAUUGGAUGAUUUGUUCGCUAAUAUACGAGUUAUAAAAUUAAUAGUUUGUGUACAGGUUUUACGUUUUUUAACAAUUUUAACCUUUGAUUUUGUUAUUGUGAACAAAAUCUGAACUUUUAACUCAAUUUAUUUUGUUUACAUUAACUAAACGAAUAACGAGUUAAAUUUGAAUUACAUCACGACGUUAAUUUCAAUUUUAUUUUAUUUAGAAAAUAUUAAAUUUACAAUCCAUACAUUAUAACUGAUUCGGAUUGGUAAACAGAUAGAUUGUUGUUCUUUAUACUAAAUUAUUUAUGUGGAAUUCAGAACUAAAGAUAAGUUGGUUAUAUAAUUUAAUAUUUCUGGAAUAAUCCCCCCGUGUUCAACAAUAUUGAUUAACCAUUCAUUAAAAAAAAAUAAUUAUAACGAACACGUAGAACAAGUUUACUAUGAAAAUAACAAUACAAUUUUUCAAAAAACAAAUUUAACUUAACUUAUGCUAAAAAGUCAAUGACAUUUUCAAAUUAACUGUUAACUUAACUGAGUUCAUUAGCACAACUUGUUUCAAUCAACUUAAUUGAUUUCAUGCCAUGUAUUAACUUGCACAGCUUUGCUUUUAUCCGAUUCCGAUAUUUAAGAGUUUAAGUGGGAGUGGGGGGGGGGCAAAUGGAACACAUUUCCUCCAUACCUCCGACUGCCCUUCAAAGACGUCUUUUUUAACUCAAUCUUCAGAAGGUACGCCGGUAAGCUGAAACGUUAAGUAGAACCAAAAAAACACUCGAGUGAAUAUCGUUUUCAACAUUUGUUCGUUUUGAAAAAUAAUUAAUGAAUGACCUAUACCUUAAAACAAUUUUAUUGCUCGGGAAAAAAUUUACGAAACGCUUAAAAUAAAAUAAGGAUCGCAGUUUUUUCGCCAUUUUGUUCCAUUCAAAGCCUUGUCGAUGUAUAUUAUCAUAAUGACAUGAAAUAACAUCGGAUAUUUAAAAAUUAAAUUUAUUACAGAUAUCCCCUAGCCUAUCCCUGGUGGGACGAUUAAAAGAAAAAGUAUGGUAUACUUAUAACAAAAUAAAAGGAAUCAGCUCUACAUAUAAGGAUACAUGAAUAGGUCCUGCACUAACCUCCAAAACAAUGCAUUCCAAGCACACAUAUUAUAACAAUUCGAUUUGUGUAACAGUCACUGUGGAAUUUUGAUUUCACUGUUUUUCCGUUUUUGGAGUAAAUUUUUUCUAGUUCACGAUACGCUCAAAAAGGUUUUUUUUUGUACCGUGUGUUUCCAGACUUUAUUUUCCACAAUUUUCAGGAAAUUUUAAGAAACUUGACUGCCGCGUAUUUUUUUGAAAACUUCAAUUGCCUGCCAUGACAUCUGCUUUGGGAUCUCAGUUUGCUCUAGAAACUCAUGGGAGGGAAGAAAAUGUUUGUGAUAUCACAAAUCGGGUCUCACGGCAGCCAAGUUGUUUUAAUAGCCCGAUAGUGAUAUUAUAUUAGUAGUACCUAUAUGUAUAAUAUUAUCCAUUCAAUUUGUUUCGGUUUUGCGCAGGCGGUUACGGAACAGAUUACCAGAGGAUCGGCACGAUCGGCGGGGGCGGAAAUUCGUGUCCUUCAGCCGGACAAGGCGCAGCCUCAGCUUCGAUAUCGUCGGCCGCCACUUUGACGGUACCUCAGCACCGUCCGUCGUCGGCGGGUUACGUGUCCAUUACAAGCCCCGGCCUGUCUUCUCCGCACCACGGUCACGAUUACCUGGCCUCGGGUAACGCCGGUAACUGCGGUUGCGGUCUUUGCGGCGGGUGGUCGGUCGGCGGUGGUUCGGCGUCGAUUCGCGCGACCAAACGGAACCAGCUGCUCGACAGGCUAUACCAGAGGAAAGCGCUGCAAAAGCUCAACGGGCUGCAACACUUUCAGCCGGUGCACCAACAUCAGGUGCAGUUCGUCAGACCGACUUGUCACAAUUCGGGAAUUUACUACUGACCGACUGCGUUGACGCUGUAGACAGAUUAAAUACACGUAGUCAAUUGAUUUGUAACACUAUUGAUUUAUAAAUAUCGUUAAUUCGACAUUCCGUCUUCUGACACUAAUAAAUAAAAUGUCCAUUAUUCUACGAUUUUUA